UUAAAGAAAAGCACUGUAUAAUAUAUUAUUGUUGACCGGUUAAGCUAUGCCGUAACAUCGAUCAAAAAACUGCGUUGCUACGCGGCAUACAACGUUAAAUACAAACUCACUACAGCUGUUUAAGUUUUUAUUAUUCAACCAUAAUAUGAGUAGAACCGAAUUAACUGCUUCAAGAUGGCUAGAAGCUCAUACAGACCGAGGAGCCGACCUAUUUACCUUGCCAAGAAACGCCAUCCUAACAGACGUAUCUGGAUCUGGCGAUUUUCAUUUGGUAAUUACCGAUUUAAAACUGGACAAGGAGACUAAAAGUAGACUGAAAGUAUACAAAGGGACUAUGCUGAUUUCGGAUCAAGCAUUACCCAACAUGCCAUGCUCAGUUGUUAGCUUCUAUGGGGAUUAUAUGGAACCUAGAAUACCAGUUAUAGCAGUUGCAAGCGGAUCAGAGUUAUUCCUAUACAAAAAUCUGAAACCGUUUUAUAAGUUCAAGCUGCCAUUUUGUCCAUUGAUUCAGGAAGAGUCUGAUAUUUGGAGCCAGAUUGCCCUUACCAAAGAAAUCAAUGUUGAUAAGUUGAUCGGCGAAUUAAAGAAGAUUCCUUAUUCCAGUUUAAGUGCGAGGUCUCAGCACCUCCUCAACUUGGCCAGCCCAUCAGAAGUAGAAGAACUGAUAAGAAAAUUAAACUAUACCAGUCCAAAUAAAGAAAAUAUCAUAACUUGUAUGACUACUUUAGAGAAAUCUACACACGAGAAAAGUGCAGUCUCUUGCCCAGUCCUUGCUACAGAAUAUGGAAAUAUUUUCAUACUUGAUCCACAAAACUUUGCUAUACUAUAUCAAGCAAACACUUGCAACGUAAAGUCAAUUCCAUCUGUUCUGCAAUCUUCAGGGCUCUACGACGUGGAGUUUCGACUUCUUAUAGCCACAAGGGAACGCCACAUUUGUCUGCUAAGAAAGGGAUGGCUUGAGGGAAAAUCCCUGAUUCACCUUAAAAGUGAUAUCGUUGAUAUGGUUCUGAUUCCUGGAGAUAACCUAAUUGUUGUAGCUACUGCAGAUCAUAAAUUGCAAUGUUUUACUAAAAGAGGUCAAAAGCUAUGGUUAACCGAACUAACUGAUCACAUAUCUUGCUUGUGCUUGGUAUCACUACAGCAUUUAAGCGCCCAUUUUGUAGCAGUUGGGUUGCUAAACGGAUCAAUCCAAUUAUACCAUGGAAGAAAUGUUGUUGACAAUAUUUCAGUAUCUGACGCUGCUUCUGUAAUCGCUUUCGGGCAGUUGGGACAGGAAGAAAAUGUGAUGGUUGUGAUAACUAUGGGAGGAGCUAUUAACUUUAAAAUCCUAAAAAGAACUGCGGAUUUUUCGUUAAAGACUCAGGAAACCAAUGCUGUGGUGCAGUCGAAACCGCUGCCUCUUCCAAAGCGUAGUAAAUUAUUUUUGGAGCAGAGUAUAAGAGAAAGGCAAAACUUUCUUGAAAUUCAUCAGUCUUUUCAACAAGACCUUAUUAGGCUGAGGUUGACAGCAGCCAGGGCUUUAGUGCAAAAUUUAAGUGACCAAAGUGGUGUAGGCAAUGAGAAGGAACAAAUUAAACUUUCUGCGCAGGUUUUAGGCUUAGGGCCAAAAUUUACAAUAAUCUUAUCAUUGGAAAACAUUAAUCCUAAGAAGCCAUUACUAGAUUUAUCAGUAACCUUUCAUGUGAAUCCAGCCUAUUACGUUUUAUCCACCUACGUUAUGAAGGUUCCUUUGGUGCCUCCAAGUUUAUCCUACAAAAUGGAAACAAAAGUCAAAGAAGUCCAAAGUACAACUCAGGAAGAAGAUGUUGAAGUAGAAAAAAGUAAUUUUAGAGUUAUUAGAGUAUUUGUUACAAGAUUGCAAAUAUGUGUGCCUGUUUUGGCAGCUACCAUUAAUAUGCCACCCACUGAGCUAUUAACCUAAAUAAAAUUUGCUAUAAACUAA